AUGCGCAGGAAUAAGGACAUCGGAGCCGAGAAAGGAAAAUAUUACGCUCUCAACUUCCCAUUACGUGAUGGCAUUGAUGAUGAUACCUACGAGAGUAUUUUCACCCCCGUAAUACGAAAGGUUAUGGAAUGUUUCCAACCAUCUGCCAUAGUUCUUCAAUGCGGUGCUGAUUCACUUACAGGGGAUCGACUCGGUUGUUUCAACCUCACCUUAAGAGGGCAUGGUAAAUGUGUUGCCUAUCUGAAAAAGUUUGGUGUUCCCUUGAUGAUGGUCGGAGGAGGAGGAUAUACAAUCCGAAACGUUUCUCGAUGCUGGACUUAUGAAACCUCUGUAGCCGUUGAAACUGAGAUUGCCAAUGAGUUGCCCUACAACGACUAUUUUGAAUACUUUGGUCCUGAUUUUAAGUUGCACAUCGAAAAGUCAAAUAUGACCAACCAGAAUACGAGGGAUUAUUUGGAGAAGACCAUGGUUCGGGAACCUUUUGCUGUCACCGAUUCUCAUAUUGAACACGAGGGCGAGUAUUAUAAUGCCGGCAAGGAGGGCGCUAAGGACAUACAGAGCCACAAGCGACCAGCCGGUAGUCCGCUAGGAAAAGACGGUGAAGACAAGAAGCCUAAAACUGAAGAUGAUGGAAGUGCCCCGCCAAUUUAA